AUGAGAAGCUCUGUGUUUUGUUUGCGAACGCAUACGCAGCUGUUAUGGAGGGCACGGUCUUUGGCUUCUUGCGUGGGUGAUAAGGUGCGGGUAUUUCCCAGCGAUUUCAUUUGGCCUCUUUUUCUAUUGACUGGGAACUACGUCCAAGUGGGUGUGAUUGCCUACCGUACUUUUAUCCACUUCCGUUUGCGCCAGGCGCUACGCAUUACCAUCGGUGUGCCUGUGAGCGCCAUCAUGCUCUAUAUGGUUUAUGCCUCUUGGGCCUGGUACCCGGAGCCUGCCGCCGCAAUAGACACAAGCUCGGUUGCAGGAUGCCGGCCCGUGUUUUCUUCCACCGCUGAACUUUUGGACUUUGCUGGCACAUGCUCUCGCCGUUACCACCGACUCUCUGAGAAGGGAGAGGAUAUGAAUUCUUCCUGCAGGAAUGAGUUGCUGGGUGACAUGCUCGCCAUCUUGCGUUCUAUUGCGGCUAUUGAGGGGAGUUUUGAGGAAAGGGAGCUAGUGACGGCCUCUUUGACCGUCAUGGAUCCAUCACGUGGGGUGGAGCAGGAGGCAUCACCCGCAGAGGUGAUUUUGCGCACCGUACUGUUUGUGUCACUGGAUCAAGGGUGGUUUGAUAUUGUGGAAGAAGCGCGUAAAAUGUAUGGAAAUCUUGUGCGAGAGCGCCCUGUGCCGCCGCAGGCAAACGUUACGAGUGCCGUGGCGGAUUUGUGCGCACUCUCGUACGAAUUGGAGCGUUGCACGAGUCCGGCGGAGGUGACAAUGCCGCAGCGCCAACGUGUGGCACGGGCCAUUGACGCGUUUCGUCCAGGGAAAUCGGUGAGGGAGCGCUGCACCAUUGCUGCGGAGAUCGACGUUCUCCCUCUUGUGGAUCUUGACAAGACGACUCGCUGCCUCA